AUGUUCUUCACACAAUCAUCGAUUCUGGGCACUGCCCUCGCCCUUCUUCCUCUGGUCUCGGCCGACCAUCCUGUCGUUCAGGAUGAUGCCUGCAACUGCUUCCUGACCAACACCUCGGAGAGUUACUUCAGCAACCACAUUUUUUACGACUGGCGAAGCUUGAGCCAGUACGCCGGUGUCCCAGAUGUUAUCGACAACUACAACAACAGCGGUUCCGCACCGGUGACAUCCGAUUACUUCAAGUCCGACAAAUGGACGUCGAUAUGGGCCAUUCAGAGCUGGAACAACAGCAAAAGCCGAGGCCGGAGCGGCAAUGAUGCCACCGUCAGCAUGGUCAAUUCCCCCAACAACAUUUACAUCGAGAAGAACACCGACUCCAACCCGGGCUCGGAUACCUACAUGAGCUUCCGCACCGCGCGUCUCAAGGACUUCCAGACUUCUGCCGAGAUCGAAUCGGUCUCGAUGGGCUACAAGUUCGUGUCUGUCCGCAUGUUCGCCCGCACCAUCGGUGAUCCUGGUGCCUGCACGGCCCUCUUCACCUACCGUGAGGCAGAGAAAUACGCCGACGUCCAGGAGGCCGACAUCGAGAUCCUGACCAAGGACCCCGACAACAGGAUCCAGUACACGAACCAGCCGUCCUUCGAUGACAGCGGCAACACCAUCGACCAGUCAACUCAGAACGGCACUGCACCUGUCUCGUGGCGUGAUUGGGCGGUUCACCGCCUCGACUGGGAUGCCGAGCAGAGCACUUGGCUCGUUGACGGCAAGCAAGUCUCAGCCAUCAAGUACCAGGUCCCUCGCGACCCCAGCCGCGUCAUGAUCAACUCUUGGAGUGACGGCGGCUCGUGGUCCGGCGUGAUGGAGGUCGGCGGCUCUGCCGUCCUGCAAGUCCAGUGGCUCGAGAUGGUCUUCAACACCACCGACUCUCCCACCACCGUCACGAAGCGCGGUGCCGUCAGCCAGCAGCAUGGUCACGGCCCGCAAGGCCAGCUGGCGCGUCGUGACGGCAAUGACCAGUGCCAGGUCGUGUGCAGUAUCGACUCUGCCCACGACUUCGGUCAGGUUGUUAUGCUGCACAACGGAAGUGCACCCGGACAGCUUCUUUCGCAUUCCACGGCUCUGGUUUUCUGGCUGCCUGUAUUCCUCAUGUCGUCCGUGUUCUUCCACAUGCUGUAUUAA